AUGUUAAAUAGUUUGAGUUCCAUAGAAGAAAAUAAAGAUGAGUUUCACAACUCUUUUAAAUCUAGUAAAUCUAGUAAUUCUCCUCUUUCAGAAAAAAAUAGUUCAAUUUUUGUUUAUGAAAAUUUUAGCUUUUAAGAAAAGUAAGUUUAUUUAUUAUUUUUAGUUAAAAUCACAAAUUACAAGAUUCAUACGAAAUUUUAAAAAAUAUGCAUGGUUGUAAUGAGGAUUAUAAUAUUAAAAUUAACAAACAAAAACCAUAAUAACAAUUAUAAUAUCAAUAAUAAUAAAAAUAAAAUCGAUUCCUAUAAUUCGAACAAUAAGAGGAUGAUGUAGAAGAAACUAUAAAUUUUCAAUUUUUGAAAAAUUAGUAGCAAUAAAAAUUCAAUAAGAAAAGUAAAUCAAAUAAACAAAAUAAUUUCCAAUAAAUGUUACAUUUAAAUGAUAAUGAAUAGGAACAUGAUGAAGAAUUAUAAUAAAUCCUUGAUAAUUUUUUCGAAGCCAAAAAUUGUUAGUAUUGUAAGAAGAAAAUGAAUCAGAAAAUUUUGAAUGCUCAUGAAGAACAAUGUAUUUAUAGAGAAACAAAUUAUGAUGAAAUUUAGUGUCCAUAUUGUGGUGAUAAUAUAGUUAGAGCCUUUAUUAAUGAUCACUUUGAAGAGUGUGUAAUGUAUAUAGAGGAUAAGUUUUCAAAAUUGGAAGGAGUUCUAGACUGCAGUAUAUGCAUGAAUGAAAUAAACGACAAUAAAUUAAUACUUAAAUGUUAACAUUAUUUUCACUCAGAUUGUAUUAAAGAUUGGCUUAAAAAAAAAAAUGAAUGUCCAGUUUGCAGAGAGUAGAUCUUAAACUAAAUUCAUUGA